CAACCAUCACAAGUCUAACAUCCGAUGCUACCAACAACAUGGUAGGUGAAGAUUCUACUGUAACCUUCACCUGUUCUGUUGACGGUCGUCCAUCUUCAGUAAUAUCCUGGUCUAGAUCACAACAAGGGGAACAACUCUAUUCUGGUAGUCAAUAUACCAUAUCUAAAGUUAGUCGUCAACAUACAGAUAACUAUACCUGUACAGCUAGUAAUAAUAUUGGUCAACCUGUAUCUAAAACUAUUCCACUCCAUGUUACAUGUGUACCUGUUCUUGAUCCUAACCAAGAAACUAAAACUACUAUAUCUGUAGGACGUGGAGAGACAGGUGUAUUAUCAAUCCAUGUUUUAGCUUAUCCACUACCUGUAUACACCUGGUAUUAUCAACCACAAGAUGGCAGUAAACAACCGAUAACAGAUUUUAGAUCUAGUCAAGAAGAUAAUGGUCUAUCAUCAACAUUAACUAUACAAGAUGUUACAGAAGAUGAUGGUGGCAAAUAUAUAGUUUAUGUUAAUAAUAGUCUUGGUACCAGAUCUACUGUAUUUAACCUGGCUGUGACGUCACAAGAUGAAGGAUGCACUUGUUCAAAUCAUUUUUGUAAUGAUGUAGUUUCCAGAGACCUUGGUGUUGGUAUAGCUAUUGGAUUGGGUAUAUGUCUUGUCGUUUUGGGUAUUACUGCCGUUUUACUCUGGAUCGUCUUGAAGAAAAGUGGAAAGAAAAUUUGCUUUAAACAAAUCAAUGGUGAUAAAACAGUAGUUAAUGAUACAGUCAGUCACAAUACAGGGUUAGAUAACAUCACCCUGCCUGAUACUCCACAUGUUUAUGACCGAGUUAAUACUGGUAUAACACAGGCCAGUACCACCCUGUCUGAUAAUACAGGUGUUACACAGACCAGUACCACCCUGUCUGAUAAUACUGAAUAUAUCAACACAUCCACAACAUCAUCACCAUAUGAAGAACUGGAUAAACAAACUAUGGAUCAACAACCCAGUAUUUACCAACAACUCAGUCCCUAUCAAAACCUAUCAGGAGAUAAAAAACUGAAGUACAAAGACGACGACGUGGGUAGUUAUAACUAGUUAUGUCCAUAAAUACAUAUAAAAACAAAAUCAAAACUAUCAAUAUAUUUAUGAUUGUCAAUUACCAUUGCUGUGAUUAGGAGGAAAAAUGGCUUGAUUAUCCAUCUUAUUAUUAAAUAGCGGGAGGGUUGUAAUCCAUUAAAUAUCCAAGCCAUCGGAGUUGGGUAUAUAAAUUAUUACAUGUUGUUUAUUAUUGUAUUUAUAUUUGGUAAUAUAGCUAUUAAAACUUCUCUCUCUCGACUUGUUAUUAUAAACCAGUAAUUGUUUUGAAUUGGUUCUAUUAUUGGUAAAUAUAACAAUUUAUUAUAAUCUAGUUCUUCACAAUGGACCGUCUACCGUCUCUCCUAUAAAACAAAGAAGAUUUACUUGGACCUUGAAGAAUUUAAUUGGCUGGAUUAGUUGCCAUUAAAGCAAGAGUGAACAACUUUGCUGCUGGUAAACAUAUUAGGCAGUCUGACAUUGAAUUUAGAGCUAGAGUGAACGACCUUGCUACUGGUAAGCGUAUUAGGGAGUCAGACAUGCCCUUGUUCAUGUUUAGUUUUAUAAUCAAUUUAUGAUAGUUGUCUUUACUUAGCAAUAUUAUAAUGUUAUACUAAUUAAAGUUGAAAAUAUUUUAUUUAUGUUUGAUAUGGUCUAAUGUUGUAUAUUCUAAGCUGAGUUUUCAUCAACCAAUUUGUAUGAUAUAAGCUAAUGCUGUUUAUUCUAAGCUGAGGUUUCAUGUACAAAGUUGUAUGAUAUUUUUAACAUGGCUUUAACAAAAUAUUUAACAUGGCUUUAACAUGACAUUUUGUUUAUAAGUAUGAUACAGGAUAUAGUUAACGUUUAUUAGCAAACGUCUCUAAUUUUGAAAUGACUUUCUCAUUCGUUCCCUGGUUUAUUUUUAGAGCUUUUCAACGAGAAAUAUUUAUGAAAAUUAAAUUAAUAAAUAAGCAUAUUUUUGAAACACAUUUAUUUACCAUAGAAUAUUUUUGAAUAUAUACAUACAGGUAGACAACCAACUGUCUUAGUAUUUAGACUAGAUAUAAGAAUAUCUGGUUUUGCCUAGUUUUGUGUGUAUAUAUACAGGUAGAUAUCAAUUAUCUCAGUAUUUAGAUCAGAGAUAGUAAAACCUGGUUUAGCUUGGUUCCUUGUGUAUGUAUCUAUUGAUUUAUAACAGUAGAGAAUUUAUUAUCAUGAACCUUGUUUUGUUGUCUUUAUAUAAAAAUACUUAACCCAGUCGAUGCAGAAAAAUAGGACAUUAAUUUCGUAUCAUUUCUGCUAAAGAUCGUUUUCGACAACUGAUUUUUUUGACGAGGGAUUAUAUCUUCCAAGGAGUUAUGAUAUCUUUAUCAAUCCUUAAUCAAUAUCUUUGAUGUCCAUUUUGUAAUGUUAUUAUUGCUCUGCUUAUUAGCCCUUAGAUGGAUUCAUAUCUUAAUUAAUCCCUAAUUAAUAUCUUUGAGUUUAUUCUGUAAUGUUAUUAUUGUUCUUUUUUAUUAGCCCUUUGAUGGUUUCAUAUUAGUUUUUGUUUUUGUUACCUUGUAUAUAAUUUGAUUUCUUGCUAUUAUACUGUCAUUACUUACUUGAGAACGACAAGAGGAACUUGUUGAAACGUAGUUUGAAAUAAACCCAGUGAUUGUUUUCCAUAUAAAUUUGUAUUUUAUAUUUUACUGUUAUUAUUAUCAGAUCUAUGUAGGUCUAUAGAGGAAAGUAUUAUAUAUAUUUACUGUUUUAUAUGUAAAAAUAUGAAGAUCAGGUAGCACGAGUCACAUCCAUAGAAAGUCCCGAGUAACAUGUAAGUAUAUAUUUUUAGAUUUCUUGUUUGUACAUUACCCUUUAUGUUAUUGUUAACUUGUCUGUCUGGUAUAGACAUACUGUUGUAUCCGCUACUUAAGUUAUUAAAUGAUAAAUAGUUAUAUUUUUUUGAUUGGUAUGAUAUAUUUAUAACAUAUAAAAACUUAUAAUAUUUUUUAAAAAUAUGCUAAAGCUGCAACACUGACCGUGUAUAUUGCUCACUUUUGUUUUCAAUCGAUUUUUGUUUUUUAUUUCUGAUAUUUUUGGUUUCACAUGACAUGUUCAGAGUUAAUAUUGAAUAAUUAUGAUAGUUUAUAUUUAGAUUAGUUUAACAUUUAAACUGAAUUCUGUUGUUGGAACUAGUGAGUAAUACUGAUAGGAAGUGGUACAUGUCUAGAACAUACUGAUAUUAAAUUUACUCAUUCCAUUUGUAAUCUGCUGUUAUUGAUAUUGAUAAAUAGACUCCACCUGUUAAUCUGUGGGGGUCCAGAUUCGCUCAGGUAAAAAAAUGAUCUUAUUUCUAAGCUGAAGUGUGUAUUAUGGCCGUGUGAGGGAGUGGGGCAUCCUCGGUUACCCAGUGUACUCAUUCCGUUCUACUCCACUAUACCCUGGGUUAAUCUAUGGGGGAGACACGUUUUCAAGUUAUUCGCCCUUGAUGAUUGUGCUAUUUUUAUCGACCAAUCCCAUAAGUUGUUAUUUGAAAAGGAAGUUGGCAAAGGUAAGUAACUCUCAUCGGACAAUGUUAGGAGCUGGCCCAUUCUAAAUGCGUAAUUAUUAACAAUCAAUUAUAUAUUAUGUUAAUGAAGACCAGACGUUCGUAUAAUAAUGUAGGGUCAUUAGUGUUAUUUAGAAUCCUUCGUUCGGUCCCGGAAUUUUAUAUCCACGUGAUAUCGUUGACAAGUUAUCGUAAAUCAAAUUGCCAAGUAUAAGUUCAAUAAUAAUAAACAUAACAGGAUGACAUAUUUCAGACAAAGAACGAAUAGUAAUACUAAUAACAACAGUCAAACAUAUAGAUGUUAUACAUAUUUGAAAUCAACAACAUAUACAUUAUUUACAUAAAUCAUUCCGUAAAUGGACAUGAAUAUGGUUAUCUACCCGUAUAAAAACGAAGGCAAAGCGAUUGGUUUGUAAACUACAUGUAUUUUCUGAUUGGUUCGUAGACUGUAGCUACAUUCUAGGCCAGGGCAGAUAAUUUGAAAUCGUGGAAAUCCUAUGGAUUAACCCAUGGUAUAGUGGAGUAGAACGGAAUGAGUACACUGGGGAUACCGCGGAUGGGGGUGGGGUGGAUGGUUAACGAGUGCGCGUUGUAUCAUAAGGUUUGUCAUUGAAUGGCAUGGUUUCGAUUGUCACGUACGGUCGAUUGUCUACCCGCGUGGAUUUUCUCCGGUUCCCCUGGUUUCCACCACUGCUAAAGACUCCUACACGCUGGGUGCAGGCUAUUUGACCGGUAACUCGUUUCUAUCAACCAUAUACUUGAUAUUUUCUAUCGAUACUCAGCUUACUUAAUCAAUAAUCAUAUAUAAUCAUUGGUCAUACGUUUUGAUAAUUUUGGGUUUUAUUAUGUUUUGAUGUUUUAGCUUAAAAACUCUCAGCAGUAUUUUUAUACCGUUUUAAUAAUUUUGUGUUUUAUUAUGUUAUGAUGUUUUAGUUUAAUAACUCUCAGCAGUAUUAUUAUAUCGUUCAUUAUAUAUUUUCAUCAUAUAUUUUUGCUAUUUUAUUAUAUAAUAAUUGCUCAUUAUAUAUUUUAGCUAUUUUAUUAUAUAAUAAUUGCCCAUUAUAUAUUUUUGCUAUUUUAUUAUAUAAUAAUUGCCCAUUAUAUAUUUUUGCUAUUUUAUUAUAUAAUAAUCGUGGUUUUUUUAAAUUAAAUUUUUGCUAUUAUAUUAUAUAAUAAUUAUUCGUUAUAUAUGUUUGACAAUAGAUGUCAUAUUUACAGAUUUUAUUGGCCUGUUCUUAUUGGUCAUUCGAAACAGAAGGAACAGCUUGUUCCAUUAUCGAUACUUGUUAUGAUAAAUUCAAAUUUAGGCCACCUCUAUAACAAUUCGGUCAUGAUCAACAAAUUAAUGUAUUAUUAACUGGUCCGGUAUUACAGACGAAUUUGUAAUUUAGAUUGUUUAAUACAGAGAUUCGUUCAUUGUAAUUAAGAUUGUUUAAUAAAAGGUUUGAUUAUUUUAAUUAAGAUCGUUUAAUACAUAGUUUGUUUAAUACAGAGAUUUGUUUAUUUUAAUUAAGAUUGUUUACUUUCUUUCUUUCUUUUUAUUUCUUUGAGUCAUACGACUCAUCAGAUAGACACAUACAAUAUAAAUACAUAAAUAUUUUACACAAUAAGUAAACAAAUCAGGUUAUGUACAAAAUUUUACAUAUGUAUAGUAUGGGGAGCAGGCGACUUGAGAAAUUUUAAUGUGCAACAUUCAAUAAAUUAUUCCUUCUUUUAUUACAGUAAUAUAAAAAUAAUGCAAGAUUAUUUAAUUCUUUAAUAUUAUGAACACUUAGCAGUUGAGUCAGUUUAUGAACACUAGGAUUUCGAAUAUAAUAAUUCUUUAUAUAUUUUUUACGAAGAUCGGAGAAUACAGGACAAAUUACAAUAUGGUGGUAUUCGUCUUCAAUAUCAUUUGAUUUACAAAGGUUGCAGACAGGGUUUGUUUAUUGUAAUUAAGAUUGUUUAAUACAGUUUUUUUAUUGCUUAAAUAAAAUUAUAGUUUGA